UUAGAAAUGUAAGUGCCAUCGAAGCAUAUAAAAGUGGAAAGCAUUUGAGUUUUUCAAAGCACAAGCUAAUCAAGGGUGAAAGGAAGUGCACAAUAUGAAUAAAAUUUUGGUGACAAUUGUUGCCUUGGCAGUUAUAAAUUGCGCUGCCAAUGGCUCGCCUUAUGGCAGUAAAUAUGGAGGCUAUGGAGGUGGUGGCGGCGGCGGCGGUGGAGGUGGUGGAGGAGGAGGUGGUAGUGGUGGAGGCGGUUUUGGUCCUGGCGGCGGUGGUGGCUCUGGCUUAGCAGGUCAUGAUGGCGGAGGCUUUGGCCCAGGAUCAGGCGGUGGUCAGGGAGGAGGUUUAGGCGGUGGUAAAGGCAGUGGCUUUGGAUCAGGAGCUGGCUCAGGUUUGGGUGGAGGUGCUGGAGGCUUUGGUCCUGGUGGCAGCGGUGGUCUUGGUGGCCAUGGCGGUGGUGGUGGACCCGGCAGCGGAGGUUUCGGUGGUUCCGGCAAUGGUUUAGGCGGUGGCCAUGGAGGUGGCGGCGGUUUUGGCUCCGGCUCCGGUUCCGGUUUAGGCGGUGGCAGUGGAGGUUUCAGUGGAUCUGGUGGACCUGGUGGUCAUAGUGGCGGUUCCAGUGGAGGAGGAUUGGGAGGUCAUGGCAGUGGUCAGGGCAGUGGUCUGGGCGGUGGUCGAGGCUUUGGCUCAGGAUCUGGCUCUGGCUCUGGUUUGGGAGGUGGUUCCGCUGGUCACAGCAGCUUUUCUAGCAGCAGCUCCGGCUUCGGCGGACCUGGAUCUGGUGGUUCAAGCGGUCACGGUUUGAGUGGUCAAGGUUUUGGUAGCGGCGGUGGUGGUGGCAGCGGCUUUGGCUCAGGUAGCGGCGGUGGCGGUGGCUUCGGCAGUGGUGGUGGAGGCGGCGGUGGUUAUGGUGGUGGUAGCGGUGGAGGCUACGGUGGAGGUGGCUACAAGAAACACGGCUACUAGGAAGUCAUCAACGAAACUAUUUUCCCAUGUCAUAUAUUAACUGUGAUCAUUACAAAAACGGCAAUAAAAGUGAUUCAUUUCAUAAAAAAAAAAUUUA